GCUGAAGCCAGAAACACUAGAAGAUUAUCUCAAUAAAUAUGCUGCAAGUGCCAUGAAAAUGAAAAAAGAAAAAGUUGAUCUUAAAGAAUUUUCAGCAUACCUGGAGUUUCCAGUUUCACACACAUUAGAAAGUAUGUUUGCGCUUUUUGAUGAGAAUGAAGAUGGCAUAAUUGACGUUCGGGAAUUUGUCAUUGCGCUGUCGGUUGUCUGUAAGCCAUCGAAAACUCUGGAAACAACUCAGCUAGCAUUUCAGCUGUACCAGUCAGAAAAUGGAACUAUAACAGAAGAGGAUUUAGCUCAUAUUCUGAAGACUGCCAUGGGUGUGCCACAGAUUAAUGUUAGCCAUCUUUUUAGAGCUGUAGAUGAACAAGAAAAAGGAGAGAUUACAUAUGAUGACUUCUACAGAUUCGCCGAAUUGCACCCACACUUUGCAGAAGACUAUCUCUGUGCUGAUCAGAUGGGAGCUGAGAGUGGCUUGGAGACUUCAUCUCUUUCAGCUCCUAAUAGUAUCUGUACUGACUUCAGCCCUGAAAAUGCUGAAGAUAAAAACAAGCCCCUGCAGAAGAAACUGAAUUAACACUACAACUGUUACCUUCCUCUCCUG